AUGGCCGCCUCCUCCUCCGCCGCUCACGACCAGCACAACCUCCCCAACCCCUACUCCGCCGCCGCCACCACCGCAGCCCCACCGCCCACCCCUUCAGCACAACCCAAUCACAGCCACAAUCACCACCACCACCUCACCGCUUCCGCCUCCAUGGCAGCCGACACCCUCUCCCGCCUCCUCACCCGCCUCCCACCAUCCCUCUCCCUCCCCGCUCGCCUCCGCCCCUCGCCGCCCUCCUCCGCCGCCGCCCCCGCCGCCGCGCCACCGAUCCCUCCCCCAAUCAUCACUCUCUCCGACUCCAACGCCACCGAACUAGUACUCUCCGCCGCCUCCGAACACGGGUUCUUCCAACUCGCCGGCCACGGAAUCGCCCCACGACUCGCCGAUUCCGCCGAGUCGGAAUCGCUCGCGUUGUUCGAACUCCCCGACGACAGAAAAGAAAUGCAGUUCCCGAGGAACUGGCCUCUGGGAUUCGAGCCCGAGGAAGAGGACCGAAACGGGGAGUCGUUUUGGCUGGACGACUCGGCGACGACCGAGUUGACGUCGCUGUCGUCCUUGCGGGAGCUGACUCACGCGCUGGAGAAAGUCGGGUUGGAGGUGGUCGAAAUGCUGGCGCGUGGGGUCGGGUUCGAGAAUCCGUUUAAAGGCUCCGUGAUGGUGUUGAGCGAGAGCGAGACAACGAGCGGCGGGGAAACGCCUUCGGGCGGCGGGUUCUACCCGUACGUGGUCGGGUUGCAGUACCAAAUACGGAGGCAGAAGAAGUAUCUGCUGCCGGGUUCCGGGUCAGAUUGGGUCACCGUCUUGCCCGAGGUGGAGUCGGUUUUGGUUACCGUCGGUGACAUUGGACAGGUGUGGAGCAAUGGGAAGUUAAAGAAAGUGAGGGGGAGGGCAGUGCCGUGUUUGGAAGAAUUAGGAAAUGACAAGAAAAGAAGUAAUUUGGGAUCAAAGAGGAACAUAUCCAUGACAUUGCUGCUGACUCUUCCAUUAGAAAGCACAAUCGCACCACUAGUUUCUGAGAAGGAAGAAGAAGACGAUGAGAAAAGAUCAGGUGGAUCAAUGAAGUUUAGAUCAAUUGAGAUGGAGGAUUAUGCAUGGAGAGUUUACCAUGAACCAUUUCUCUUCAAGGAUCCACUCGACAGAUACCGCUUCUAG